UAGAAGGCCAUAUACAGCGUCCAUGUUCACUAUUGAUGAUUGUCUAGGAACGAGAAAACCAUGCUGUUUUCAAGUCCGAAAAGGGCGAAAAUCUUUGUCGCGAUUCUGACCGUGUGCUUGCUUUAUUCUUUUACUAGGUGGUCGUACAGAGCGUCGCCGUCGCGGCUUGUACAGGCUAGCCAUCCCCAGCAGCAACAACAGCAACAGCAACAGCAACAAGUGCCGUCCUGGAAAGGUGACGAGUUAGAGAAAGGGUUGCACAGCAGCGGUACUGAGGAUCAUGAUAGUGAUAACCAUGGACCGCAUGAUACCCUUCCCCAGGUUAUGCCAGAUAAAGACUACACAGAGUCUUCGACAUCCCUGUCAACCUACCUAAUCAGCGAAACCGACCUGAUUCAAGAUGCGCACAAACGAUAUACCACGGCAGAAGCCUUCCUACCGUAUCUUCGAUAUAUAACGACACACCUCAAACCUGUAACUAUGGCAGAAUCGAAGGCGGGAUGCAACUGGAUUGCGCCGCAAGAAGUGAAUUUCCAGUAUGGUGAUGACGCGGACUGGGUCACGCAGGAUCGCACGGACUUUGAGAUCAACCUGCGGCGGGAUCAGUGGCAUGAAUUUAUCAACAAGAAGCUACUUCCUUAUGCACGAUUCAAAGACCGGUUCGAUGGGAGAGGUAUUGUAAUUGUGGCGGGGAACCAGAAAUCAUUGAAGAGAGUCCGCGUCAUCUUACGGCAGCUGGCGAAGCUGGGUUCGCACAUGCCGAUCGAACUUCAUUACUGGGCAGAUGAAAUGACCGAGGAAUCAAAGCAAAACAUGACGGAUAUGUGGAUUCCCGGAAGGAUGUUUUUCAAUGACUUAUCAAUGCCGUCAAAUAUUAUCAAAACGAACCACGAUGGUUACUACAUCAACUACCAGCUCAAAACUGCCGCAGUCAUGAAUUCGCGAUUCGCCGAACCGUUGCUUCUAGAUAGCGACAACAUCCCCCUCGUCGCUCCCGAGAGUCUGUACGAAUCCGACGUGUAUCAGGAAUACGGCACGCUCUUCUGGCCAGACAUUGCGCGCACACGUCCCAACAAUCCCAUGUGGGCGAUCACAAACACACGAUGCAGGACUGACGAGUACGAGCAAGAAAGCGGACAACUAGUCGUCGAUAAACGCCGCUAUUUCUACCACUUACAACUCGCAGCGUGGCUCAAUAACGAGCAAGCAGACUACUACAACCAAUUCCUGCUUGGCGACAAAGACAUGUUCCGGUUCGCAUGGCAUGCGCUGAAGACCAAAUACGGGAAGCCUAAGAAAUGGCUUACCAGCGUCGGAACCCUCUCGGACGAUGGGUACUACUGCGGCCAUAGCUUUGCGCAACACUAUCCUGAUAAUGAUAAAGUCGCCUUUGUGCAUGGCGGGUUGAUCAAGACGAUGUCCAAGGAGGUUCUUCGGUGGCAGCGAGAAAGCCGCGGGGGGAUUUUUCAGGUUUAUAAACGGAGUGAGUUUGAUGAACAGCAUGCCGUCAAUGUCUAUAACUCGAUAAAGUGGGACGGUGCGGAUUACCUGCCGAAUCGGUCUGCAGAUAUCGAGGUGGCGUCUUGUACGGAUUUCUGGACUGUCCAGCCUAGGCCGCUAGAGGAGAUCAUGCCUGGGUUUGAAAAGCGUUUUGAGGAGCUUGGAGGGUACUGGAUGCUUGAUGAUUAAUUUUCAGGUGGUGCAAAAUGCGAGUUCAUAUCGUUGUUCAAAUGUUGAGACGAGAGCUUAAACCUAGGAAUAAUUUCACGUGAGCACAUGAUAUUGUACAAAGCCACAGUAAAUUUAUGCAUGAGGCAUCUACCAGUCCAGCUAAGCACGAGAUGAUCUGUAUCCAAUGGUAUAAAUUGAUAUAUCAAUAGGUUGAUAGCUGUUGUCCGGCCGAUUUCACGGCCUUUUCUGUGAACGCACAUAAACAUUAUAAAUACGCUUGGAUA